AACCUGUUGGAUCGCAUGAAACGGAAAGUCGAUGGCAUGAUCUACUGGUCACCGGCUCCGAUCGAGACCAACCGGCUGACCAACGAGAACAGCCAGCGCAACCUGCUGCAGCCCAAGCUGGAGCAGCUGUACGACACCCGGGCGGUGGAGACGACGGCGUACGCGCUGCUGGUCUACCUGAUCCGCGACGGCAUCAACAUCGACCAGGAGAAGAUGGUGCUGUGGCUCAACACCAUGCGGCUUCACGACGGCGGUUUCAUCACCACCACGGACACGCUGGUGGCGCUGCGCGCGCUGGUGGAGUACUCGUACCGGGCCCGUCUGCGGGACAUCACCGACAUGCGGGUCAGCAUCGAGGCCACCGCUUCCGAGCUCGACUCCACCAUCGGCAUCAACAACGCCACGCUCGCGCGCACGCGCAUCCUGCCGUUUGAGAACGUCUGGGGCCAUCUGAACGUGAUCGGCAACGGCGCCGGUCAAGCGGUCGUCCAGCUGGACGUCAACUACGGCGUCGACACGCAGAACGGCAUCAAGCGGCCGCCGGCCAAGUCGUUCGAGCUCAGCGUGCGUGAGGACUUCCAGCGCUUCCGCAACAAGUCCAUCGGCAUCGUCGACGUCUGCGCCAAGUGGCUGUUCCUGGACGAGGCUCCCCAGAGCGGCUCGGCCGUGCUCGAGAUUGAGAACCCCACUGGCUACGUGUUGUACCAGCCGGAGGGCGACGCCGUGGUGCACGCGGCGCGCGCCGGUCGCGCCCCCCAGCUGCGUGACGUCAUCGGCGGCCACGCCUACGGCCACGAGCGCGCCACCACGUGGUUCUUCGACUACAUUCCGGGCAACGAGACGCUGUGCUUCAACUACACGAUCCGCCGCUGGUUCCCGGUGGCCAACAUGACCAAGUACCGGCGCGCCCUGCUGUACGAGCAGUUCCAGCCGGAGCUGUUCGAGAUGCAGAUGGUGAACUCCACCGUCCUGCACGUGCUCAACAUCUGCGAGGUGUGCGGCUCUUACCAGUGCCCCUACUGUCCCUUCUACUCGUCCUCGGGCCUGGCGUCUGCCUCCGCGGCGCUGCUGGCGAUGGGCGCCGCUGUUGCGCUCUGGCUCGGCCCCCGCUAGGGCCCCCAGCAGGGCGCGCUCGGGGCUCGCUAGGGUCACCGGCAGGCCGCGCUCGUCUGCGGCCUCGUUCGGUCGCCGGCCGCCAGGGGCGCCAGUGUACCGGAGCGGCGCGGGCCCCAGGUGGUCCCCGGGCUGGACCGGACCCGUCACGCUGCGGGGUGUGGACUGGAGCGGGCGAGCAGUCGACGGCUGGCAAUCUUGGUAACCUGGCAUGAUGGUUGUAUGGUAAUCUGGUGCUUUUAUUCUUUUGGAUGCUUCGAUUUGUUACACCCUGUGGGCAGUAUUGCCCGUUUUACGAGGCGCACGUAUCGCGCCCACGUUUCAAGUGUACCCCCUCCCCCCUCCCUAAUCCUUCAGGUGCUGCCUUGUAUCACAUGUACGCUCUUGGUCAGUACUGGCCAGAUGACGCUCACUUGCGUCAAUUAACGCAUUCCACUCCAGUAGCUGUGACGCACUUCGUGUUUUCAUGUAUCGUAUCGGUCCGUUCCGUUGCGUUUCGGCCCGCUCCGAGGAUAGCGUAUCGGCUCAGCGGCCGUGUGUGGCGCUGGCGUAGCCCCGCGCUGGGCCAGCAUUGGCAGCGCCUUUGUGCAGUGCGUCCGCGGCUACGCGACAGAAUCUCAGCGCGUUUCAGUGUCCAGUCUUCCAUGUGAAGUGAGGCUCAGUCUGUCGACGACACCAAAGUAGCAUCUUUCAUUCCGCUGUUCGCCAUGUUAUUCUGCGAUCGUCUGCUUGGCACGCUCGUCAGCUGUAUAGCUGUGUCCAUCCUGCAUCUGUACGUUCUCAUUGUGUUAAAGACAUUCAUUUAUCGAAACUAUGCCAAAAUGCAUCCAGUUACAGUUAAUGCAGCUGUGCGGUAGCUUUAGGUCCUGUUUUAGUCGUGAGACCGCAUAUAGAUGCCUGUUCAUUGUUCCAUGUACUUAAAUGAGACGUUCUCUGUAGAAGCCUCGUAUAAGGCAUUCGCCGCACGUUUGGCUUCCCGUCCUUGAUGCUAUUUCAAGGCCCCGUGAGGAUUACGGGCUACUAAAUUGUCCGCCAGCCAGGCCCUCGGGUCUCCUAUCUCUGUUUACCCCUGGCAAAGGCGGGCCAACGCAACGCGGCCGGGUGGACGUCGCGUCCAAGAGGGCCUGCUUGUGGUUUUUAUGCGACUUCCAUCCGGUGGCCCGCGGACGGAGUCAGCACAGUGGCGAAGGGGAACGCCAUGCUGGCGCGUCGUAUUGCGCGGCCGCCUGCCGCUACCUUUUUUUCUUGCCGACGCUGGGUAAGAUGUGGUGGAGCUAAAUGUAAACUCCACGUCAUUAAAUGCGGAUGGAUCCAAGCAGAAGGGCACAGCCAGCAUCCCGUUCCUCGGGCACUGGACUCCCUUUUGUCACGUUAAGUAUCUGAACCUGUGUUCCUCCAUUUACCUCUGCUUUUGCACUUCACACUGCUACCGUUUUUUGCUGGCACGUGCUCACGCCUGUUGAAGGAUGCCGCAGCGUGUGCCGUGUUGUGACACGCGUUGCCGCGCCGUCGCCCAGUGUGUGCGGUCGAAACUCGUCGGUCCACACUGUGUUAUCUCGAAUCCGCACUUUGUCGGGUUGUAGUUAGGGAUCGUCCAUACGCACCGUGCUGUCUCGAAUACCCACUUUGUCGGGUUGUAUUUAGAGACCGAAUCUCGUCCGUCCACUUCGUGUUGUCUCGAAUCCGCACUUUGUCGGGUUGUAUUUAGGUAUCGAAUCUCGUCCGUCCACGCAUUUUUGACUGGUGUUGAUGCCUUGUCGCCCUAUACUUGGUACCGAAUCUCAUCCGUCCGCGCUGUGUUGAUGGGCAUACUUUGUCGCCCAAUAUUUGUAAUCGAAUCCCCUGCCGGGGCAGUUGCGUUAACUGACGCAGCUUAAUGCAGGCGCUUCGUAAUAAAAGCACUCUCGCGGUG